AUGAAGAACCUGAACGAAGUCGUCUCCGAAAACUUGGACUACGAACUCGUCGUCGUGGGACACAGUCUGGGCGCCAGUAUUGCUACCCUCGCAGCCGCAGAUAUUCGAGGGCGUGGCCACCCCUCAGCGAAGUUGUACGCAUUUGCAUCGCCUCGCGUGGCUAACUCGGCUUUGGCCAAGUACAUCACUGCUCAGGGUAACAACUACCGGUUCACGCACACCGAUGACCCCGUUCCUAAGCUGCCACUUCUAGGUAUGGGGUACGUCCAUGUCAGCCCUGAGUACUAUAUCACCUCUGGAAACAACGUUACGGUUUCCACUGGUGAUAUUGAUGUCCUGGAUGGUGAGGUAAACUGGAAGGGUAACACCGGAACCGGUAUCCCAACAGUUGAAGCUUUCUCCGCUCACCACUGGUACUUCGAGCGGGCUGAUGGGUGCAUCGGAGCUGGUACUCCCUGGAAGAGAUCGGACUAG